GUAUAUAAACAAAAUCAACUUCCUGUAAAUUUCAUCACUCUCAAAUUUUCCCUCACUUUUCCUCUGAAGAUUGUCUUUCAUUUUCCCUGAAAAAGAUCUGAUGGCGCCAAGAGCAGAGAAGAAGCCGGCGGAGAAGAAGCCAGCUUCCGAGAAACCCACGGAGGAGAAGAAGGUUCUGGCCGAGAAGAAGCCCAAGGCCGGAAAGAAGCUCCCAAAGGAAGGCGGUGCUUCCGUCGGAGACAAGAAGAAGAAAAGAACGAAGAAGAGCGUCGAAACCUAUAAGAUAUACAUUUUCAAAGUCUUGAAGCAGGUUCAUCCAGAUGUAGGAAUCUCCAGCAAAGCCAUGGGUAUCAUGAAUAGCUUCAUCAACGAUAUCUUUGAGAAGCUGGCACAGGAAGCUUCAAGGCUCGCUCGAUACAACAAGAAGCCCACGAUCACUUCUCGGGAGAUCCAGACCGCUGUCAGGCUCGUUCUUCCUGGUGAAUUGGCCAAACAUGCGGUUUCGGAGGGGACCAAGGCAGUGACCAAAUUUACCAGCUCUUGAAGCCGUAAUCUUUGUGUUUAGGGCAGGGUUUCAUUGAUUUCUUGAGUAAUCGUUUGAACAAAUUAGGGCUAGGGAUUUUGUCUUUCAAUAUAAUUAUGUUAUUUUCAAUGAUAUAGAAGCGACUUGUAGUUCUUUCACUACUGAUCUUUGAUAAAUGAUUGAAGGAAAUGUUAAGACAAUUAUAUUAAUUGGUUUCUUU